UCAUCAUCAACAUUAUCAUCAUUUUAAUAUAGAAUGUGUAUCACCGAUACGAAUGAUCAUCUGAUCAUCAUCAUCAAUGAAAAAUGUUUUUAUUAUUUUUAUUUAAACCGAUGGGUAAUCUAAUUGUAUUUAUUGUAAAAUUUUACCUAUCCAUUUGGUUCCUAUUUACAUUUUCGAUAUUUGUUUAUGUUUGUCUUUAUAAUUGGUUAAUACCCAGCUAUAGUAUCGAAGAGGCAAUAUUUUUUCAUCAUGAUGUUGCCUGUAAACAACAUAUGAUGCAUACAACAUUAUAUAAUUAUCAUCUGCAACAAUUACAACAAUAUUCAUCAUCAUCAUCGGAUAAUUAUCAUCCACUACCAUCAUCAUCAUCACCUCCAUUGAUGACCGAUCAACAAUAUUCACCAAUCAAUAUAAUGACCAAAUGUCAAAAUGUUCAAUACGAUAUUCCAAAUAAAAAUUAUCGAAAUUUUUUCCACCGUGGUCAUAUUUAUUAUUUUGAAUUACAAUUACGUAUGCCUGAUUCACAAGUAAAUCGUAAUCUAGGAAUGUUUAUGAUACGUUUACGUUUGUUUGAUCAACAUGAUAAUGAAAUUUAUGAUAUUUAUCGACCAGCUAUUCUACCAUAUACAAGUUGGUUAUUAUCAUUAGCUAAAAUGAUCGCCUAUAUUCCAUUAUAUUUGAUUGGUUGGCUAACAGAAACCUAUACGAUAAAGAUAAAAUUAUUAGAUCAACAUGCUGAUUUGGAACAUUUAGAUUUUUCAAGAAUUAAUCGUAUCCGAUUAGAAAUUGAAACAUUAAAAUCAAUCGAAAUAAUACCACCAAGUCGUUUGACAAUUAGUGUUCAUUUGGAAGGUAUAAAAUAUUGGAUGUAUUUUUGGCCAUUAUCAACAUCAAUUGUUAUUAUUGGAAUUUUAUUCGCCGUUCUUUUAUUACUUUAUCUUUGUAAAAUUAUACGAAAACCUAGAAAAUCAAGAAAUUCAAAUAAUAAUAAUGAUGAUAAUAAUACUAUUAAUAAUGUUGAUAAUAAUGUUGAUGAUCGUGUUUCACAAUUCUUUAAUGAUUCAAGCAUUUUUGAUCAACCUGAUUCAACAUCAUCAUCAACAAAUUGUAAUCAUCAUCAUCAUCAUAAUCAUCGUCAACAUUUAUUACAACCAAGAUCUCGUCAUCAAUCUCAAUGAAGAAAACAUAAACUGAAAAACUGAACCAUCAUUCAUUUGCUCAAUUCCGGUGUUUUUUUUCCUGUAUUAUCUGUCAUGUCAUCUCUCUCUCUCACGCUCCCGAAAAAUCAAUAUGCCAAAAAACACUAUUGUUUUUAUGGUGUGUGUGGA